AUGGUUUAUUUCCACGGAGGUGACUUCUUACGAGGAAGUCCGAACAACAUCAACCCGUUCCAGAUGGUACUGAAACAAAAAGUCAUCUUUGUCACCGUUGCUUACCGCUUGAACAUUUUCGGAUUCUUCUCAACUUUAGACAAUGAAGCUCCAGGUAACUACGGAUUGCUGGAUCAAGUAGCUGCCUUAACUUGGGUCAAAAACAAUAUAGAAAACUUCGGAGGUGACCCAGAGAACGUUUGCAUUUUCGGCCAUGACGCCGGUGCUGUUAGUGUCGGUCUUCAUCUUAUCUCGUCUUAUUCCUCUGGACUCUUCCAAAAAGCUAUAGCGAUGAGUGGAAACGUUUUAUCACCAGGCACUGUGAGUAUAGCUCGGAAAGAAUUAGCUACAGUUGAAAAAGUAGCGAAUGCAUUCAGCUGUUUUCGAAAACCAACAUUCCAGCUUCUAGACUGCCUCAGAAGAGUCAACUACCAAGCACUUUUAGAUAUCGGAGAACCUCUGGCAGAGUGGAAACCAAUGGUAGAUACCGGAUUGAGUAAUGUAUCGACACCAUUUUUACCUGAUCUGCCAAGUAAAAUGUUCAACGAUGAUUAUUUUUCACCCGUACCAGUUUUGACUGGUUACACGAAUAUGGAAGAUGCUCUGUUACUACAGAAAGAAGGUGAAGAUUCCGGCAUAAGUCCUAGAGAAUUUGAUGUGAUGCGAGAAGAGGUUAUACUAUCCGACAUCACGGUCGAUAACAGCUCAUGUUUUACAAACCAGCACCAUAUUCAGGAUGCCGUUGCGUUUUUCUACAAACCAAUACCGCCUACGACAAAUGAAACUAUUUUACGAAAACAAUUUUUAGAUUUUUACACUGACAAGGUUCACGGGGCCACUACGUACCAACUAGCCAAACACAUAAGCAAGCAUGCUCCAGUUUAUCUCUAUCGUUUUGACCUAAAACCUUUUUCAGAAAUCGCUAACGAAGGUAUCCCAGAAUGGAUAGAUGUGCCGCACAACUUUGAUUUAAUUUUUAUCUUCGGCUUACCGUAUUUAGCUUUACCGCAGGAUUAUCCCAAAUGGGACUAUCGAGACAAGAGCGUUUGUGAAAUAAUGAUGAGAAUGUGGUCCAAUUUCGCGUGGUAUGGUAAUCCGACAAAUUCCGGUGUAAUUAUAGAAUGGGAUCCGUUCGAAAUUGAAAAGCCGGGUUAUUUGAUAAUCGACCGUCAAAAUUUUUCAAUGAGCACACCAGAGAGAAUGAAUUACAGAGCUUUUGAAUUUUGGACAGACUUUUACCCAAAAGUUGUGCAAAUUGGUACAAAAUGCUGCAAAGAGGAGGCACAAAUAAUGUUUACAAACAUCUUGUUUUUGGCGAUGUCAUUGACCUUGGCGACGGGUCAACGGCCGUCCUUCGCGGGGAGCAGACCCAUUGGUUUCCCUGAAAUUAUCACAACUACAACAGAAGGAUUGGGGAACAGAUUCGGCGAAGGGGAUGGCUCCACCACAACUGUAAGAUUGCCCGCAGAAGCCAACGGCGACAAAGAUCUAGUAGACCGGCUGAGCAAGUUGCCCAUAGACCAGCAGCCAUUCUGGUUCAUAAACUGGCAAGCGUAUGAAGCCCACAGACAGAAUCCUCAAACUUACCCACAGAAACCCAAUGUUUUUAUCGACCCACCCAGCGGGAACACUAUGAACUUCAACCCUCCCAACAACAAUAUGAACUUCUAUCCAUCAAGUAACAAUGUGAACCCAUCUUUCAAUCCCGGAAGUCAACAGGGGAACAGCAACGCCAAUACUGGCCUCAGCAACCGUUUCAACACAGAUUCCAAUGUGCCAACUACUGUUAAAUCCGAGACGCAAACCAAACCGCCAGAAUAUACGUUUGCGAACGGCCAAACACAGACCAAGCCGCAAGAAUACAUAGUUGUAAACGGAGUUCUUUAUCAAAUCGCGAAGUCUCAAACAACAAAGCAGUGA